AUGGUUCGUCUCUAUUCUGCUGGCCUAGCAUUGGCUGGUCUGAGUCUUGCUCAAGCACAUUCGAACGCUUCACUGGCCAACGCUAUCUACAAAGAUGCAUCUCAGUCUGUUGAUGCUAGAGUCGAGAACCUCGUGUCUCUGAUGACAUUGGAAGAGAAGAUGGCACAGUUGAUGCAAGGCGACAUUUCAAACUGGCUCAACACAACUUCUGGAGAAUACAAUCAAACAGGCCUAGAAUUCAACUUUGCGAACCGUUCUGGCAUGUUCUACGUUGGCUACCCUAUCACCUGGGACUGGCUCGCCGAAGGCAUCAAAGUAGGCCAAGACUACGCCGUCAACAGCACUCGUUUGGGCAUCCCAGCAAUCGUCCAAACUGAAGGUAUCCACGGCUUCCUGAUUGGCAACGCUACAAUCUUCAACUCGCCAAUUGCCCAAGCAUGCUCGUUCAAUCGCGAACUGCAACGUCAGAUGGGCGAGCAGAUUGCACUCGAAGCUGCUGCUUUGGGAGUCACCCAACUAUUUGCUCCUCUAGCUGAUUUGGCUCGCGAAUUGCGUUAUGGCCGUGUAGAAGAGACGUAUGGCGAAGACGGCUACUUGGCUGGCGAAAUGGCAUACAACUACAUUGUUGGAUGUCAAGGACAAAAUGUCUCUGCUAUGGUUAAGCACUUUGCUGCUUACUCUGAGCCUGAAGGUGGUCUCAAUACUGCGCCUGUGCAUGGUGGUGAGAGGGAGCUGAGAACGACUUGGCUUCCGAGUUUCCACAGGGCGAUUGUUGAUGGUGGUGCCUAUGCCAUCAUGUCUGCGUAUCAUGCUUAUGAUGGUAUCCCGGCUGUGGCUGACUAUCAUAUGUUGACUGAGAUUUUGCGCAAUGAAUGGGGGUACAAGUACUUUGUGUCGAGUGAUGCUGGUGCUACAGAUCGCUUGUUCAAGAACUUCUUGACUUGUGGAGUCAAUGACUUUGGAUGUGUUACUGAGCAGUGUUUGACUGCUGGAAACGAUGUCGAGGUCAGUACUUUGCCCUUGACUAUCAAUGAACCUGGAUUGACCUGUUGCGUAGNNAUGGGAGGUGGCUCCUUCAACUUCCGCUCUAUUCCUGACCUCGUCGGCAACAAGACCAUCGACAUCAGUGUCGUCGACGAAGCCGUCGCCAGAGUUCUGAGAGUCAAGUUCCAAAUGGGUCUAUUCGAGAACCCCAAUCCUGCUGCUCCCAAGGACCAAUGGAGUAACAUCAUCAACAACGCUGCUGCUAAGAAGCUUGCCCGUGACCUCGACGCCGAGUCAAUUGUCCUUUUGCAAAAUCCCAACAAGACACUUCCGCUCAGCAAGACUGACAAGAUUGCCGUUAUCGGUCCCAUGGCUUCUGGCUUUAUGAACUAUGGCGACUAUGUCGUUUAUGAGUCUCAGUAUAGGGGUGUUCAGUAUCUUGAGGGCAUCCAGAACGCUGUUGGUCCUUCUGCCAAUGCGACUGUGACCUAUGCUAAAGGUUGUGAGAGAUGGUCGACUGAUGAGUCUGGUAUCCCUGAGGCUGUUGAGGUUGCCAAGAAUGCUGAUGUGGCUGUUGUCAUUGUGGGCACUUGGUCUAGAGAUCAGAAGGAGCUGUGGUCGGGUCUGAAUGCCACCACUGGAGAACACAUUGAUGAGAGGUACGUUGCUGAUAAAAGUCUGGUGCAAGAAGAUUUUAUUGACUUCGAACNNAGUGAUCUCGGUCUCGUUGGUGCACAACGAGCUCUGGUCAAAGCCGUCAUCGACGCUGGUAAACCCACCGUUGUUGUCUUUUCCUCAGGCAAACCUCUGACUGAAGACUGGAUCUCCAAUACCACAGCCAGUCUAGUCCAACAAUUCUACCCUGGCGAGGAAGGCGGCAAUGCCCUAGCAGACAUUCUGUUCGGCGCGGUCAACCCAUCUGGCAAGCUAUCUGUAAGCUUCCCUCACGAUGUGGGCACCCUUCCUGCCUACUACGACUUCCUGAACAGCGGAAGACCGAGCUAUCCUGGCUUUAUCGGUGGCGAUGGAAACCUCUACUUUGGCUCCGACUACAUCCUCAACACACCCAUACCUUGGUUCCCCUUUGGUUAUGGGCUCUCUUACACCACGUUCGACUACAGCAAUGUCGCACUCUCUUCCUCACACGUCUCUGCCACCGACAACAUCACCGCUACAGUCUCCAUUACCAAUAACGGUACUUACGACGGUGCCGAAGUCGUCCAACUCUACGUCAAAGACCAAGUUGCCAGUGUUGCCGUCCCCAACAUCCAACUCAAAGGCUUUGAAAAGGUGUUUGUCAAAGCUGGCGAGACUGCCGAGGUGCAAAUUCCAUUGAACAUUGCUGAUAUUGGGUUGUGGAACAAGAGCAUGAAGUAUGUGGUUGAGCCUGGCAACUUUACUGUCUUUGUGGGUGCUUUAGAGGGAGGAGUAGAGGAGAUGAGUGAUGGCCCCAAUGGUGUUCGCGGCACUCGCUUCUUCAACGGCGCCCCAGCAGCCUGUUUUCCCUGCGGCACAGCUCUAGGCGCAACCUUUGACACCGAACUCCUCGAGGAAGCCGGUCGUCUGAUGGGCAAAGAAGCCAUUGCCAAAGGCGCCCAUGUGAUCCUCGGCCCCACCAUCAACAUGCAGCGUUCUCCCCUUGGCGGACGUGGCUUCGAGUCCAUUGGCGAGGACCCCUUCUUAGCUGGUCUAGGCUCCGCAGCUCUGGUCAAGGGAAUGCAGGAGAAUGGCGUUGUGGCCACCAUCAAGCAUUUUGUGGGUAAUGAUCAGGAGCAUGAACGCAAUAGAGUGGACUCCAUCGUUACGGAACGUGCGUUGAGGGAGAUCUAUCUUAUGCCGUUCCAAUUGGCUGUCAGAGAUGCUUAUCCCAAGUCUUUCAUGACUGCUUACAACAAGAUCAACGGCACGCAUGUUAGUGAAAACCAGCGGAUCUUAAAGGAUAUCUUGAGAGGGGAGUGGGGUUGGAACGGCCUAGUGAUGAGUGAUUGGUUUGGCGUGUAUUCGACAACCGAGUCGAUUGUUGCUGGUCUGGAUUUGGAGAUGCCUGGUCCCACUCGCUACAGAGGAGAAGCUUUGGUGCAUGCGUCAACUGCCAACAAGAUUCCCGCUGGUGUGCUUGACGAGAGAGCAAGACAGGUCCUGGAGCUAGUCAAUGAGUGCGCUGCAUCAGGCGUCAAGGAGAAUGCCGAGGAGACGACCAACGACACACCGGAGACGUCCAAACUACUGCGAAGACUUGCUGCAGAGUCGAUCGUGCUGAUGAAGAAUGAAGGUGACAUCUUGCCACUCAAGAAGGACAAGAAGCUUCUGGUCAUUGGUCCCAACGCAAAGGCCGCAACAUACUGUGGAGGUGGUUCAGCCUCUCUCCGUCCAUACUACGCCGUCACCCCUUACGAGGGUAUUGUCGACAAGGUUGGAGAGGAGAACGUUGACUUCAGCAUUGGUGCAUACUCCCACAAAGAGAUGCCCAGCUUAGGAGUCGAUUGGAAAACCACCGCCGGCGAAGAUGGCGAGCACGGCGUACUGUUCAGAGCCUACAACGAAUCUCCUGAGGACAAGGACCGCAAGUGCGUCGACGUACUGGGCCCUUUUACAAACACAUCGAUGAUGUUUAUGGACUACAAGAACCCCAAGCUCAAGUCUGGGCUCUGGUAUGCUGAUAUCGAGGCAUACUUUACAGCCGAUCGUGAUGGUGAAUAUGAACUCGGUGUCUGCGUGUACGGAUCGGCAAAGGUUUUUGUUAACGAUGAUCUCGUCCUUGACAUCACGGAGAAUCAACGCCAAGGUUCUGCAUUCUUCGGCCUGGGCACCGAUGAAGACAUCUGCGCUGUCUCCAUGAAGAAGGGCCAAACCUACAAAGUCCGCCUUGAGUUCGCCAGUGCACCGACCAGCAAGUUGACUGGUGGCAGCGUGGACUUCGGUGGUGGCGCUGUCCGUAUCGGAGGAGCCUGGAAGAUUGACGCCGACGAGGAAGUCCGCCGCGCUGCUGAACUCGCAAAGUCUGCUGAUCAAGUUUUGGUCUGCGCAGGGCUGAACAUGGACUGGGAGAGCGAGGGCUUUGAUAGACCAGACAUGAAGCUACCAGGCCACUUGGACCGCCUCAUCUCAGCCGUCGCAGAAGCCAACCCACGUACAGCAGUCGUGCUUCAAAGCGGUACACCGGUAGAGAUGCCCUGGUUGAGCAAGGUACCUGCAGUGCUUCAGGCCUGGUACGGCGGCAAUGAAACCGGCAAUGGAAUCGCGGAUGUUGUGUUUGGAGACGUCAACCCCUGCGGCAAAACAUCCUUGUCUUUCCCCAUCAAAAACGAAGACAACCCUGCAUUCCUCAACUAUCGCUCUGAGGCUGGCAGAGUGUUGUAUGGAGAAGACGUUUACGUCGGCUACCGCUACUACGACACCCUCGGCCGCCCCGUGGCUUUCCCCUUCGGCCACGGAUUAUCCUACUCGACCUUUGGUUUCUCAGACUUGAAGCUCGAGAACUCUUCAGACAGUGAAGGCGAUCUCAUCGCCAAAGUCACGGUCAAAAACACCGGCAAAGUUGCAGGAGCACAAGUAGCGCAACUCUACAUCUCACCACUGUCCCCGUCUAUCCGUCGCCCAACAAAGGAACUCAAAGCUUUCACCAAAGUGUUCCUCGAGGCCGGUGAAGCAAAGACAGUCGAGCUUAAAGCAGCACUCAAGUAUGCAACCAGUUUCUGGGAUGAGAGCAGAAAUGCUUGGGUUUCCGAGAAGGGCAGAUAUAAGGUUCUUGUCUCGGAUAGCAGUGCUGUUAGUAACGAUGCUGUUGAAGAGACCUUUGAAGUGCAGAAGACAAAGUGGUGGAAUGGGCUUUGA